AUGGCGCCCAGUCAACUGAAGACUUUGCUGGGAUCAAUUAGGCGCAAACCUGCGCAAGCACCAGAUGGCAAGAGAGACGACGAAGCAGCUGCAGUUCAGAUAUCAGAAAAGACUUCUAUCGGCCAUGACCUCGCCCACCUCGGUUUCAAAAAUGCCAGAACCGUCGCAGAGGCUAUAACCACUCUUGCGUCUGGUGAACCUUUGAAUGACAGAGAUCUUUUGCUCGAAAAUGGCGUCUCGAUGCUUCAGUCCUUGCCGACAAAUAGUGGCUUGAGUGAAACGGUCUCUAAUAAUUUCAUUGGCAUGCUGUGGCAUGAUCUGCCUCAUCCACCCCCUACAACCUCUGGCCCGACAGCUCGAUAUAGACAGCCUGACGGAAGCGGCAACAAUCCAUGGACACCUGAGAUGGGCAAAGCAGGAUCGCCCUAUUCCCGCAGCGUUCCUCCUACCAAACCCAAAGGACCGAAUCUCCCAGAUCCCGAGCUUGUCUUCGAUCAGCUUCUAAAACGCAAUGGCCGUUUCCGCCCCCACCCUUCAGGCCUAAACCGACUUUUUUUCUCAUUUGCUAAUAUCGUCAUCCAUGAAUGCUUCCAGACUUCUCGAACAGACCCAUGGAUCAAUGAGACUUCAAGCUAUGUAGAUCUGAGUACAGUCUAUGGGAACACCGAGAAGGAGCAAAAGCGAGUCCGAACUUACGAGGAUGGGAAAAUCUUCCCCGACUCGAUCGCAUCUGAGAGAAUUAUGAUGAUGCCGCCAGGUGUCGUUGCGGUUUUGCUAAUGUUCUCGAGAAAUCACAAUCAUAUUGCUCAGAAUCUGUUGUCUGUUAAUGAACAGGGCAAGUAUAAAGACUGGGAUAGCCUGAGUGAUAAGCAUAAAGUGUGGCAAGAUGAAGACAUCUUCCAACUCUCACGCAACAUUAACGUGGGUUUCUUUGCUUCCGUAGUACUGAAGGAUUACGUUGCAGCUAUUCUCAACACCCCACGAGCUAAUUCAACCUGGUCGCUUGACCUUGGGGCCGAGAUCAAACAAUCCGGAAAACGCAUCGAGCGAGGAACUGGCAACCUAGUGUCCGUCGAAUUCGCUGUCCUUUACCAUUGGCAUGCCGCUCUCAGCGCCGCCGAUGAAAAAUGGAUGGAAGAUGUAUUAAAGGCGGAUCUACCUGAACUCAAAUCGAUUGACGACGUAACGGUCGAGAUGUUCAAAACGGUCAUGAUGAACCAUGGCCACAAGCUCAUGGCCACCCCACCAAAAGAGUGGACAUUUGCAGGCCUUCACAGGGGGCCAGAUGGAAGAUUUAAUGAUGCCGCCCUUGCAGAGAUACUCAAGGAUUGUAUCGAAGAGCCAGCACAUGCAUUUGGGGCGCAUGGUACUCCAGCCAGUCUUAAGGUUGUUGAAAUCAUGGGUCAGCUGCAAGCUAGGGAUAUUUUCAAUGUUUGCACUAUGAAUGAGUUCCGCCGAUAUCUCAACCUGAAGCCCUACAAAGAUUUUGAAGAUUGGAAUCCGGAUAAGGAAACUGCCAGAGCUGCGGAGCUCCUGUAUGGCCAUAUAGAGAAUCUUGAAUUGUACCCUGGUCUAAUGGCCGAGGUGACCAAGCCAGCCAUGCCUGGUAGUGGUGUCUGUCCCGGUCAUACAACUGGACGUGGAAUUCUCGACGACGCAGUCGCUCUCGUCCGUGGCGAUCGAUUUCUUAGCUACGACUUCAACAGCACCACUCUGACCAAUUGGGGAAUCGCUAAACUUGGGUCGCUUCCACCCGGCGCCUACGGUGGUAUGUUCCCUCAUCUUCUAUUCAAUGGUCUUCCAGGCGCUUGGACUGGCACCUCUACAUAUGCACUACUCCCCUUCUAUACCCCCGCAGCAGCCAAGGGGAUCCUGAAGCAGAACAAGGUCAUUCAGGAGUACGACUUGGACAGACCGGCUAGUGACAUGGAGGUUAUUGGUAUACAUACACAUGAUGGCUGCAAAAGGGUGUUCGAAGAUCGAGAAAACUUCCGUGUAAUGUAUCAAAAGGCGAUUCGCAAUUGCACCGCUGGUCAUGAUUUUAUGAUUGGGUGGGAUGAUGCUAAACGACACGAUACUCGCUCAAACCUCCUUCAUGAGGUCUUCUUCGAGGAAGGGUUCGAGGCCAAAGUUUCCCAUUUCUUCAAGACGAAUGUCGCAAAGCUCAUCAAGGAACACUCACUGAAAUACUCGAGCAAGAGAAGAUCAAUUGACAUCGUACGUGAUGUUACCAACGUCACCCCGAUCCUCUGGCUAGCGGAAAGGUUUGCUAUACCUCUCAAGACCCGCGACCAACCUCAUGGCUUGUUGUCAAUUCCUGAAGCCUUCCAAAUCUAUCUAGUACUGUUCAUGUAUCAAAGCUUCAAUAUCAUUCCUGCCAAUGAGUGGAAAUUGCGAGAGGGCGCAUCGAAAGCCGCACCCAUUCUCAGGGGUAUUUUUGAAGCUCACCUCAAGACCCAGCAGGGCUUCAAGGAGACGAUUGUGGAUUGGCUCGCCAAAGGUAGCGCCUUCGAAGUUGGUCCUGAAGCCGAUAGGUUAUAUCAUGCCCUCCACGAAUCCAAAUUGCCCAUUGGUGAUUUGGUUGGUGAUUGUAUCGGCAUGGGGGCCCCAGUUGCUGGCAACUUGACCCAGCAGGCUUCUCUACUCAUUGACUUAUUCCUUAGCGAUGGAUACGAAGAGUACAAAGCACGUAUCGUUGAACUAGCUCACAUGGACGAUCCUGCUUCGGAAAGAGAACUGCAGGGUUUCAUUUAUGAAGGUAUGCGGCACGCUGGAGUCGUUCCUGGUCUGCCCCGUGUUGCAUCCCAGGACGUCACGGUCAUGGAUGGCGCUCGUGGGCCUAUUCACAUCAAGGCCGGGCACACAAUUCUUGCAGCCACCUCAAAAGCUGCGAUGGAUCCUGUGGCUUUCCCCGACCCGGAGAAGUUUAAUCCUCACCGCCCCUUCUCGGACUACACCCUCCUGGGUCACGGAUUGCACUUCUGCUUCGGAGCUAGAUUGGUUGGAUGUUCGCUCGCCGCCACACUUAGAGAGGUAUUCAAGCUUAAGAAUGUCAGAAGAGCACCGGGUCCGCAAGGGUACUUCACAAUUGUUGAGCAUGAGUUUGCGGGAGUGACGAUGAGGCAGUACCUGGAUGGAAAUGCGAAGGAGUCGCCCAUCCCAACCACGUUGACCUUGGAGUAUGACGAGUAG